AUGAACGAAAAAGUCACAUCUCUUCCUUCAGUUUCCUUUGCUUUGCAACGCAACUCUACUUUUGAUUCCCCCGCGCACGCAUGUCACAAGACUCAGCUUCAGCUCCAGUUGAGCAGAAAACCCAUAACCCUUCAGAGCAGAGCACUAUAUCUCGGUCGAGACUACAAAUACCCUAUCCAUAUCCGUAUCAACCUCAGCCUUGCCAGCACAUCGGAGACCAUGGGUCGACAACACACAUCCAGCUUCCUCUUCCCUUACCGCGAAGACGACAACACCAUCAAGUACGCAAUUCUCAGACAGCCUCCCCCGUCAUUCUCUAGCCCGCCCACCCAUGACUAUGAGUCCGACAACGAACCACUCAUGCCAAUCAGUUCCUCUCUUCCCAUAGAGGAUCUAGACGACGAUGCUCUCCUCCACUUCACGGCAACAGGGCGUCCCAUCCCUCUAUUAAAACCGAACGCCCUGCAAAAGAUGGGCGGGGAUGCAUACUCGGUACAGCAGUUUCUACCCAAGCGGUACACCGACGACUCCAUCAUACCGGCAAUUAUUACAAACGCAAUCCCCUCGAACUCAUCUACUACCUCGCCUCCCUCGACGGGCAAGAGCCUGCUCAAAAGGUUCAAGAGGAAAAAUAAAGAAGGGAAUAAAGACAAGGAUAAGGACAAAGGCAUUGUGAAAGUGGUAUUCAUGCCAAGGGGGGAGUAUCUGAAGUACUUUGCUCGUGGCCUCAAGGGCGAGUACGUAGGGACGGAGCCGUAUAGGAGGUGGACUGAAGAGGAGCUAGAUAGGGAGUUUAAGAAAUAUCGACCUUGUACCCAGGGAAGGAAGGGGCACUGGCCGCCGACGUACUGA